CCUAGUAAGCCUCCUAAAACUUAUGCCAGUUAGGUUUAAACUAGCUUGCCAAUAGUAGAAAACAUAAAAUUAAAGUCCAAUGUCCGAAUCGACUGAUCCGCACUGCUCCACCUCAAAGUCCAACCUGAUCAAAGUGCACCAUGUGGGUGUGACUGCCAGGAUGCAGUCACCCUUGAAGAAGCUUCUGCCCCGGAUGAAUUCCUCCAGCGAUUCGGAUGUGUACCAGAACAGCCAGAACCAAUACAACAUGUUCAAGGACGUGGGGCGUGGUGAGAUGACCGAGUCCACGGCUUCGGGUAGCUCCCCACAUACUCUUUAUCAUAUGCACGCCGAACCGGUCAAGAGUCUGCUGAAUCACUCGAAGAUUAAGCCCCAAAGGAUCGAGUUCCAGCGCUACUCGAAGAAGCGACCACAUGUGAUUGUUCCAACAAGAUCGGCUCCCAAGGUAAAGAGUCGUUCGAAAUCCCACAAAGCCUCGCAGGCGCAGGAGCAGAAACCGGGAUUCCUGAGACGUUUGUUCGAAUCACUGGACAAGAUGUGCCAGUGCCAGCCUCAAAGUCCGAAGUCCAUUAUCGAUGAUCUGCCGGAGCCGAAGUGGAAUCACAAGGAAGCCAGCCGGCACACCUGCAUCGGUAUCUAUCCAUUUGAACAUGGAUGCGCCGACUAUCUGAGCACCACGGAUACGCAUCCGAAAAUCAACGCCAUUGUCCUGGCGGAUCGGGCCACCACCUAUGCCACCCACUUUUGGGCGGAACUCUUCGGACUGCUCCACAUCGCCGUGGCCUUUGUGGUGGCCUUUAUUCUGCAGAGCUACCGAUUUGUCCUAUACUCGCUGGUCAACACCCUGAUCGUCGGACUGCUCCACAUGACCUCGGACUACAUGUUGAAGCCAAUUCUGACCAUGAUCUUUAAUGGCUACCUCCAGCCGCCUUUGAUUCUCCUCUAUAACAUCUUGUGCUCUGUGAGGGACAUCCUGGAGCCGGUGGCCAGUACCCUCAAUAACUUUAUGAAACCACUGGCCACCGUGGGAAAUAGUUUUAGACUGGUGGAUGUCAACUACCGACAGAUCCAUAAACUGGCCAAAGAUGUUUGAGUUUGUUUUUCUUAGUUUGUUAAAUUGUUAUUAUGUUUGAGAGUUUUGUUAAAUACGUACACAAUACAUCUUUUUAGGGUUGCGUUUUA